CAUUGGGGUGUAUCUCUCCAGAUAGUCCCUUCCCCGUCUUGGAUUGACCAUACUGACCUUCUCUGCCAUGGCAAUCCCUCUAUUAAACCUCUCCCCCCAUUAACGAAAACCGCGCAAUCUUCCAGUUUAUUAUAAAUUUCCUCUAUCAAUCACCAGCGUCUCUGCUACACAUUUCCCAUCUCUCCUCCCAGAUCCAAAGGUCCAAUUUUCAAUGGCAACGAACAACGACACACACAGAUCCGGAUCCGCCACCCCCACCGUCAAUGGCGACGCCGAAGCUCCACGCAAGCCCAGGAUAGCUUUGGUCACUGGCAUAACCGGCCAAGACGGCUCCUAUUUAACGGAAUUUCUCCUCAACAAAGGGUAUGAGGUUCAUGGUUUGAUCCGUCGUUCGUCUAACUUCAACACCCAGCGCAUCAACCACAUUUACAUCGAUCCUCACAAUAGCCACAAGGCCCGUAUGAAGCUACACUAUGCUGAUCUCACUGACGCCUCCUCUCUUCGCCGCUGGCUUGAUACCAUUCUUCCCGACGAGGUUUACAAUCUCGCUGCUCAAUCCCAUGUCGCUGUGUCUUUCGAAAUUCCUGAUUAUACCGCAGAUGUGGUUGCCACUGGUGCUCUCCGCCUCCUUGAGGCCGUAAGAUCUCAUAUCGCUGCCACGGGAAGAAGUCAUAUCCGUUAUUAUCAGGCUGGAUCAUCGGAAAUGUUUGGAUCCACUCCACCUCCCCAAUCUGAAAUAUCUCCAUUCCAUCCAAGAUCUCCAUACGCGGCGUCAAAAUGCGCGGCGCAUUGGUACACAGUUAAUUACCGCGAGGCAUAUGGGUUGUUUGCAUGUAAUGGGAUCUUGUUCAACCACGAAUCUCCAAGGCGUGGAGAGAAUUUUGUCACUAGGAAGAUUACAAGAGCUGUCGGGAGGAUUAAGACCGGAUUGCAGAGCAAACUAUUUCUGGGUAAUUUGCAGGCGUCAAGGGACUGGGGAUUUGCUGGGGAUUACGUAGAGGCUAUGUGGAUGAUGCUGCAGCAAGAAAAGGCUGAUGAUUACGUGGUGGCGACUGAGGAGUCGCAUACGGUGGAGGAGUUCUUGGAGGUGGCAUUUGGAUAUGUGGGUCUGAAUUGGAAGGAUCAUGUGGUGAUUGACAAAAGGUAUUUUAGGCCAGCGGAGGUGGAUAAUUUGAAAGGGGAUUCAAGCAAGGCAAGGAAAGUGCUUGGAUGGAAACCAAAGGUGGGUUUUGAGCAGCUGGUGAAGAUGAUGGUAGAUGAAGACAUUGAACUUGCUAAGAGGGAGAAGGUGCUGGUGGAUGCUGGUUAUAUGGAUUCCCAGCAACAGCCUUAAUGAGAUAUAGCUUGUAUGUUGGGUGGUGCUUCUACUGAUUCAGAUCACAUAGCAAUUUGAGUUUACUGGGAUGAAAUGUCAGCAUAACUUUGAACCAUUUAGAUAACUUCGUUUUGUUUUAAGGGAGGAUAACUUAUAUUUUUAUAAGUUUUUUUUUUUUUUAAAAAAAAAAUUGUUAAUGUUCAUUUGAUGUUUUAUUAUCUGAAAAUCUGUAAUCUUAUUUAGUUGAAAGAAAAAUUCUGGGAUGAAAUUCUUUCAAUGAAAGUUAUCCUUUUAUUA